UCCGAAGCUCUUUUCCACAGACUUUCCCAUCGUAGACGCAGCACGGCGCACGGUACAAAUUGUUUUAAAGCGAAUUUAAUAACAGUAAACGCAUUAAAAUGGCUUUCGGUGAUGUCAAGACUCCACAAGGACUCAAGGAGCUGAACAACUUCUUGGCCGACAACAGCUACAUCAGCGGCUACUCGCCCUCCAAAGCCGAUUUGUCCGUGUUCGAAGCGUUGGCCAAGGCACCAGCUGGUGAAUACGCACAUAUUGCACGCUGGUACCGUCACAUCGCCUCCUUCGAAGCCGGCGAGCGUUCUGCCUGGGGCGGUUCUGCUCUGCCCCAAUUGGCUGGUGGCAAGACCACAGUGGCUGCUGCUCCAGCUAAGCCAGCUGCUGACGAUGACGAUGAUGUCGAUCUAUUUGGCUCCGAUGAUGAGGAGGAUGAGGAAGCCGAGCGUCUAAAGGCGGAACGUGUUGCUGCCUACGCUGCCAAGAAGUCAAAGAAACCCGCCCUGAUUGCCAAGUCGUCUGUACUGUUGGACGUGAAGCCAUGGGAUGAUGAGACCGACAUGAAGGAGAUGGAGAACAAUGUGCGCACCAUCGAGAUGGACGGUCUGCUCUGGGGUGCAUCCAAAUUGGUGCCCGUCGGCUACGGCAUCAACAAGCUGCAGAUUAUGUGUGUCAUUGAAGACGACAAGGUCUCCAUCGAUUUGCUGCAGGAGAAGAUCGAGGAGUUCGAGGACUUUGUUCAGUCCGUCGAUAUUGCUGCCUUUAACAAGAUCUAAGCAUUUUGUACCCAUCAACCAAUAACUCGAUGCAAAUUUAAUAAAACUCAAGCAACCACUA